AUGGCGGGAGCUUUUCUCAAACUGAACUUGCGUCGGCUUCAGCACUGCGAUAUCAUUAUCCACUGUACCACAACAGCACCGAGCGGAAUCAUUGGAUGCACUAGAACUCUUCAUUCGAAACCAAUACCGCAACAGAUCACCACACCAAACUCACACAAGCCGGCGAUGAUUCCUAUUCAGUCGGGAUAUCAAUUAGAACGGCAGGUUGCGGUCGCGGCUGUCUUGCAAGCUUCCAUCGUCACCCGAAGGAUAUUCGAUCAGCUGAUUCGACCCGGCCUGAAAACUGGAGACUCCGAUAAAGUCUCGAUCACUAAAGUCGAUCGUAGCCCUGUUACCGUUGGGGACUACACAGUUCAAGCAAUAGUUAAUUUCAUACUCUCGAGAUAUUUCCCGAAGGAUGAGAUUGUAGGAGAAGAAGACUCAUCAGAAUUGUUAAAUGCAACAGACAAGAAACACAUACAGCAGAUCAUUGAGUUCACCAAUCAAGGAAUGAAGGACGACCGAUUGAGUACACCAGCGGAUGAAGAUAUCUGGGGAAAGUUUCGAGAUCAGCCGGAGUUAACUGAGGACCAGCUGGUAGAAUUGAUUGACUUGGGGAAAAGUGCGGGGGGUAAAGAAGGAGGAAAACGACGGUUUUGGACCAUCGAUCCGAUCGAUGGCACCAAAGGAUUCCUGCGAGGUGGCCAAUAUGCGAUCUGUCUCGCCUUGGUCGUCGAUGGCCAAGUCGUACUCGGGGUCGUCGGAACGCCCAACCUACCACUCAAAGGCAUAUCUCCUCCGGCCGGCAACAAACCUGAUGGUACAUUAUUCUUAGCCGAAAAGGGUUCCGGUGCUUUCCAACGUCCCCUGGACUCAGACGAAUAUACCUCGAUCAAAAUGAAUUGCUUGGAUCAGCAUACUCUGAGCGAACAUGGAACGUUUUGUGAAUCAUUUGAUGCGGAUCAUUCUAAUCAACACCUCACCGUGGAUAUAGCGCACAAACUGCAGAUGAAAAACGCUCAACGCUCAAUCAGGAUUGACAGUCAAGCCAAGUAUUGCGUUCUCGCAAGAGGUGAUAGUGAUCUAUAUUUCCGAUUCCCUACGAAGGCUGGUUAUCAGGAAAAGAUUUGGGAUCAUGCUGCAGGAAAUAUCUUGAUCAGCGAAGCAGGCGGUGCCGUGGUCGAUUUAGACGGCAAGCCCUUGGAUUUCUCUUGCGGCCGAACACUAUCCAACAACCACUCAGGUUUCCUGGCCUGCUAUGCGAGUACUGUUAACGUAGUUUUAGGUGCUGCACAAGACGCAAGCCGUGCGCAAAAGUAA